UCAUCGCGCCUAUGCUGCUGGGACGGUGGUGUUGGUGUGGUUAGGGGUGUUGUUGUCGUUGUCGUUGUCGUUGUUGUUGGUGGUGGUGGUGGUAUCGACGCGGUCAGGGUUGAGAAAGACGUUGUGGGUGUGUAGAUGAAGCCAUUGUGGGAAUCUGUUUGGGAGUGUUGUUGUUGUUGUGGGAGCGCUCGUAUAUACAUCAGGAGCUGUGCCAGCAAAAGAUCCUUGGAGGGAGCCGGAUCGGCGACCCAAGUCUGUCCUUUCUUGUGUGUGCUCGUGGCAGUCAAUUGUUGUAACCAAUGCUUUUGUGUGGUUGACAGCGUGUGAGGAUGCGUGAGCCGAUG